AUGAACCUCGAAACAACCUGUUCAAAAGAUAGGUUCACCGGAUCAUUUCUAUCCAGAUGUCCCGGUCCAGUAAGGACAUUGUCAGCUCUUCAAUUCUUGGUAGCCGUCCUCACAUUCGUACCUGUCGAACCAUUCAGACAAAGGCUGUGCAAAUGUUUAAUAAUGUGCUUUACAAGAAACAAUCCUUGA